CUGUUGUGUCUCGGGCGCGUAGUGAUGGGCUUAUAUUUGCAAUUCAUUGACUACAUUCCGUGUUCUGCAAAGCGUUCACUAGAUCUCUUGCAACUUGUCGUGCGUUAAAUACAAUCGCAAAUGGCUUGGGAAGCUAGUGGAUGAUUCAACUAGCUUACAAAAAUGGCAGAAGAAGGGAACUUUGAGCGCGGCAACGAGCUUCGUGAGUCAGCAAAGUUCAAGGAAAUUAUCAAGAACCGUAUAGGAGAGAGAGAGAAAAUUCACAAAAAGACGUUCACGAAAUGGAUCAACUCGAAGCUUGUUAGGGCCCAGCCUGCCGUGGUGGUGCGUAACCUUGUGGAGGACUUGCGUGACGGUCAUGUUCUUCUCACCCUCCUGGAGGUGUUGCUUAACACCAAGCUGACUCGGGAAAAAGGCCGCCUGAGGCUGCACACGCUGACAAACCUGACGAAGGCGAUGACCGUCCUGGAGAAGAAUGGGGUUAAGAUGGUUGGCAUCAAUAACACGGAUAUUGCGGACGGCAAAGUGAUGACCAUCCUCGGCCUCGUGUGGAGUAUCAUAUUGCGCUUCCAGGUACAAGAGGUGAUGAAUGAGUCAGAGCCAAGUACACCAGGCGGAAGUCAAGACUUUAAUGUGGAAAAGAAACUGCUCAUCUGGUGUGAGGAAACGCUGGACGGCUACGAGGAUGUUGUGAAGCUUAAGGAUUUCACGGUCAGCUGGAGGGACGGUCUUGCGUUCAACGCUAUCAUCCACGCACACAGUCCGGAUCUGUUUGAUUUUGAUGAACUCAUUGGCGGAGACAACAAGACGAACCUUGAGCACGCGUUUAACAAAGCGUACGACGAGUUCAGCGUACCUCACCUGCUCGAGCCAAGCGAUAUCGACGUGAAAAGUCCUGACAAGAAGUUGAUCAUGAUGUACCUCACGAGUCUGUAUGACGUACUACAGAGCCUCACGCCGCCCAAGACACGCAAAGAGCAACGGCUCAAGUUGCGAAUGCAGCUGGAGUCGUAUCGUACCGCUCAUUCUGAGGUGACCUUGUACUUGACUCAAGUAGAGACUAUCGUCUCAGCAAAACUCGAUUCUCUCGGAUCCCAGGGGGACCCUACAGAGGAAUACCGCGAAGCGAAGGAUCUCAUCCGGGAUAUUCUGAACCACAAGCCUGACGUUGUUGACGUCAUCACCAAGGGAAAUGAGCUGAUUGAUGGCGGGAAAAUAAGCUCCGCUGAUGAGUCUGAGAUCACGAACCAGAUAGCUCUGCUUGAAAAUCGAUGGGAGAAGCUCACGUUAUUAGUGUCACGCCUCAACAAGCGCUGUCACAGUGCUGUCAUCAUGCCGCUACAGAAGAAAAUCCAGCUGCUGAUCGUGUGGAUUAAACGCGUGCGCAGUGAGCUGAACCAGCCAAUCGAGUCGAGUCGAAAAGAGAGCGUGAAUAAGGCCAUGCAACAUCACAUGAAAACUGUGGCUGAAAUCGAUCGCAAGCAGCCGGAAGUUGACUCCACUCUUGGUCAGGUUGAUGCGCUGUGUAGCGAGAGAGGGCUGGACGAGGAGGACCGAGGCGAGCUUGAGGACGAGGCUGAGGAGUUAACUCGGGAGUGGCAGGAUCUGAAACACACCGCCCUAGAAACAGACCGGAAAGUCCAGGAAGCCGUCGCGAAGAUCACGCCAACCCAACAGCCAAUCACAGUCACAGUACAGAGCCAAGUAUCUUCAGUCCCUGAUGACGUGGACGGCUCCCCCGAAUACAGCGUCGAGGUUCGUCGCUUCCCUGUCCCUUCCAGUCCUCGCGGUCAGGAUAAGAAGGAGAAAGAGGAGAAGCUGUUGUCAUGGAAACGAAAGCAUAGUGACGCGCGAGAGGUCAUGGGAUAUUGUGCAGUUGAGGUGAAACGUCUAAAAGUUGAGCAGGACCCCAAACAGCUCAAGCGGCAACUUGAGAAAUGUGACGCCGAGCUGCUUGCCGCUGACCCCAAGGUGAUCGACGCCACCAAUCACGGCCAGCAGUUACUAGAUGAUGACAUAUUGGACGAGCAGACGAAGGAGGAGCUUGGGGAGGAGGUGGAGAUGCUGGUGUCUGACUAUGACGAGAUACUGCGCAGCGUGGACGACGAACGUAACAGAGUUCAGCGGCUACUAGAUGAAGACGAGGCGAAAAGGAAACGACAACGUGAAGAAGAAGAGGCGAAAAGGAAGAAAAAAAUGGAUGAAGAAAAGGCGAAGAAGAAAGAGCUGGCCGCUUGGGAAGACGCAAAGAGAAAACUUAAACCACGCAUUGCGCGUCUGGACGUGAGGCUAAAAAGCCUGAAGAGAGAGCCACCUCAAAACUCUGAAGAUCUCCGAAACUACUGUGCUGAAGUCGAGGACUGCCAAAAGGACGUGACUGCACUAGCUCCUGACAUCAAGGCCGCAAUGGAUGACGGUAGCAGGCUUCUUCGCGGGGGUCGUCUGGAUGAUCGCGAGAGGGGUCACGUGUUUAAUGACAUGGAUGAUCUAGAUGCUUCUUAUAAUGAUAUCAAUGACAAAUGCGCUGAGCUGAUGAAGAGGGCAAAUGAGGCGACUAUUAGAGACGCGAGACGUCGAGAGAUCUUGGAGUCCUGGGCGAAUAAAAAGAAUCACACCGAAUCCCAGAUCGAAAAGGUACGAGAGAAAGUGGAGGAAGAGAAGGCGAAGGAACCUAACGACUACAAGACGGCUAAAGAUAAGCUGGACAGAGCGCAGCUGCUCACGACUGAUGUGGACAAGCUUGAGCCGAAAGUCAACGAUACGAUGGCGUUUGGUCACGGGAUUCAAAGUGAGCCUGCAAUCUCCCCAUCCGAGGUGAAAGCGGUCGAUGCCGACAUGAGAGAGAUCAGAGAGAAAUUUGACAAAUUGAAAGAUGCAACAUCCAGACACGAGGAAUGGCUGAUUGUGUACAUCCAAAACGAAGAGUCGGAAAAGGAAGACAAACUCGCCCGAUGGGACGAGGCAAAGAAUCGAUCAUUGUCGCUUAUUGAUGAGUGUCGGAAGAAGUUGGACAAACUCAAGAAAUCCCGAGACCCGACGACAUCGGAAGAAGUUGUCAAGCAGAUGGUUAAAGCACAGGAGUGUUCUGCGGAGGUAUCUGCUGUCUUCCCCGAAAUUCAGUCGACAUAUGACCAUGGCAACAAGCUGAUGGCGGACGAGUCACUGAAUGACGACGAUAGAGACCGCGUCCAGUCAGACAUGGAGACGAUCGGCGACAAGCUUCGACAACUGCAGGCAGAUAUCGAUAAAGAAAGGGCAAGAUUCGAGGCGCUUUUCAAAACUCUGGAAAAACAAGAAAAGGAAAGGGCGAUGAAAGACAAACUUGCCAAGUGGGAUGACUGUACUCGCAAACUACGCAAUUUACUCGCGAAAUUUGAAGCCAAGCUAAGUGACAUAAAGGAUUUGGGGACCCCACAAGACAUCAAAGAAAUUGAAGACCGAGUCGAACAGACUUCGACUCUCUCGGAGGACAUUGUCGCUGCGAUCCCAGAAAUCCAAUCGGGCUACGAGUACGGAAACACAUUACUGGAAGACAAUGACCUUAGCGACCAGGCCAAGGACAAAGUCGAGCGUGAGAUGAAUGAGACUGGGGAUGGGUUUAAAAAGCUUAAGGCGGAGCUGGACGCAGAACAUCAAAGACUUGAGGGCUUGCUUGACGAGAAGCAGAGUGACCACGACUCCAAGCUUGAGCGAUGGGCCCUGGAGCGAGCGAAACUCAAGGGACUCCUCGAGAAGGGCCGCAAGAAGACUGAACACAUCAAGGCUGAAAAGCUACCAGAUACACGUGAAGAGACGGAGCGACAGCUGAAAAACAUAGAGGACUUCCAGGAGGAGAUGAUGGAAGAGUUUCCAGGAGUCAAAGCGAGCGUGGAUUAUGGUAACAGUCUUCUUGACGAAAGCGGGCUCACGGAGGACGAAAAAGACGUCAUCGAGCGAGAGGUGGAUGGGAUUGGGAACGACUUCCGGAAGAUGAAAGAGGAAGUUCAAGAACAUUACGAGAAGCUAGAAGACCUUCUAGAUGACUUCGAGUCUACAGACGAGGAUGAAUCUGAUCAAGAUGAAGAAGAUGGAGAAGAUGGAGCUAAGCCCAUAAAGAUGGAGGUUGUUGAAAGCGCCCCGAUCGACGAGUACUUAAUACGGCUUGAAGAUGUCACGCCGGAGGAAAGACGUAAAGCGGAAGUAAAUGAGAAGCGUGACCACUGGCAGCAGUUGCGUGACAACUUACGCUCUCUAUUGGAUAAACUGCGCAAUCAGCUUGACAAAUCACAAGACGAGGACCCGAAAACAGGACGUGACGUGCGCAGGCAGAUUCACGAGGCAAAGGACUGUAAGGACGAGCUUUCGUUAGCUGAGCCUGCUAUCAAGGAGGUCAUCGAUCGCGCCAAUGAGUUGCUAGAUGAUGAUUACGUCACGGAGUCGGAGAAGGAAGCCAUUCGAGUGUACAUCUCAACCUUAAGUGUAGAGCUUGCAAACUUGGAUAAGAAGGCAGACGAGGAAACCGUGAGGCUCACAGUUUUGUUGGAACAGAUGCCAAAAGAUGGAGAAGGCGUGGAGGACCACGUGGUGGACGAGCGUGUUGACCGUGAGCACUGGGAAAGACCUGUGCUGGAGUUCAGGGAACCAAAAGAGAAUGCCAGUGUUACCAUACAGCUUAAGCCGAAGGAGCACCAUUUCAUAAUCCGACCCAAUGAACCAAUACAUAUGUACAUCGAUAAGAUACGGGAUGACCUUACACCGGAAGAAAGACACGCUCUUGAACAGAAGAGAAAACUCGACCGCUGGUCAGAUUGCCGUGACAGACUCGACAAGCUACGUGACCGCGCAAAGGAAAAAUUGGACCGUGUUCGGACUGACGGACCGAGGGAUCGACGGCAUUUGCACGAGAAAGUCCACGAAGCCAAAGAAUGCGCGGAGGAGAUUGAAGAUAAUGAGCCCGCAGUCGAGGAGGUCAUUGAGUUUGCGGAUUCUCUGCUAGAUGAUCCUAAUAUCGACGAAUCAAACAAAGAGCCCAUACGCUAUUACGUCACUACCUACCAAAUGGAGCUAAGGAAAAUCCAUAGGGAUGCCAGAGCCGAGGAAGACCGACUUCAACAUCUGCUUGAUGAGAGUGACCCGAUACAGACCGAGGAACUUGUGGAGGAAGAGGCUGUUGAGGAGCAGUAUUACGAGCGCGAUGACUGGAUAGACUGGGACCAACUGGAGGAAAAGGAUGUUGCGUCGCCCAAAUCGCCCCGAGUGGAUCAAGUUGUUCGUGUACAGUUUGCCCCAACAACCACUGACCACUAUGUAAUGAGGCUUCACGAGGGCAUGACGCUAGAAGAAAGAGCGGAGGCUGAGAGGGCCGAAAAGCGAGCUGACUGGAGGAACUGGCGGGAAAGGCUGGACGACCUGUUAGACCGAUUGAGAAGGAAACUUGAGCGUGCCAGACAGGCACCUCACAGCCGACAAGACUGCCUGCACCAAAUAGAAGACGCUAAGGAUUGCCAAGACGAGAUAGAACACGCCAAGCCGCACCUUCCACAAGCGCUGAGCCACGCAGAUGCGCUUAUAGAUGACGACACGGUGCCACGGGACGAAAAGGACGAGAUUCGCCGAUACGUCACUGACUUUGAGAUCAAGCUGAAGGGAAUCCGGAACAAGGCAGCUGAAGAAGAGGACAGGCUUCAACAUCUGCUCGACCAUUACCCGCACCCCAGGGACGCAAUCGAACCCGACAGGCUGGUGGAGGAAGAGGAGAUCGACCGGCAGUUUCACGAACAUCCUGAAUGGAACGUGAACUUUGAAGAUGACGAGCUUGACCACGCCAAUCCAGAUGAAGUUGACCACGCCCAUUCAGAUGAAGUCACGAUUAGGUACGUCAGCAAGGACCGAAUUCCAGAUUACGUCUCACGACUCCACGACGACUUAACACCAGAGGAAAGACGUGAGGCUGAGAGAAAGGAGAAGCUUGGACGCUGGCAUGGAUGGACAGACAAACUCGACGAUCUGAUAAACCGCUUAAACCGCAGGCUCAAACGUGCUAAAUCACGUGACCCAGACGCCACGCCUAAGGACAUACAAGAUCAAAUACACGAGGCUGAGGAAUGCAAGGAUAUGAUUGGAGACUCCAAACCUCAGCUAGAGCAAGCCAAACAGUGCGCCUAUGAGCUGCUGGAUAGCGAUGACGUCACGGAGGAAGAAAAGGAGGAAAUCCGAACAUACAUCACAACGAUCGAGAUACGACUGAAGCAAAUCAACAAAGAUGCGGAUCGAGAGCAAGAUAGUCUGGAGGAGCUAUUGGAUGAAUUCCCCAAAGACAGAGACGAGCUCGUACAAGAAAGGGUCGAACAGCAGUACCACGAGAAUCCGGAAUGGGACGUGAACUUUGAGGACCACGAGCCACGUGACCAUGAUAGAAAUGAAGUUUCCAUUAGGUACGUGGACAAGUCCCAUCUACCUGACUACAUCUCUCGUCUCCACGACGGCAUGUCUCCAGAGGAGAGGGAGGAAGCCGAGAAAGAGGACAACAUCCAUCGCUGGCGAAGUUGGCAGGAUAAGCUAGACGACUUGAUUGACAAGCUGAACCGCAAGCUUGCUCACGCCAAGUCACGUGACCCUAAUGCCUCGCGUGACGACAUCUGUGAUCAGAUUGACGAUGCCCGCGCAUGCAAAGAGGAGUCUGAAGACGCUCUCCCACAAGUCAAUCACGCCAUCGCGUGCGCCAAUGAGCUUCUUGAUCGUGAUGACGUCAGCGAUGGCGACAAGGACGAGAUCCGUACUUAUGUGACGGCGCUUGAGAUCCGACUGAAAAAGAUCCACAAGGAGGCGCAGGACGAGAAAGACAGUCUCGAGAAUUUGCUGAAAAAGAGGAGGCGCCAAAAGGGCGAGACCGCUGACCUGGUCGAUGAAGAGCCUAUUGAUCGGGACUAUCAUACCCGGCCUGCUUGGGAAGUCACGUUUGACCAGCUUCACUCUCCGGACGGCAGGAGGAGCGUUAAUGAGGAUGAGCUAACCCAGGAAAACCUUGACCGCUGGUCCGCAUGGCAGGACAAACUAGACGAGUUGAUCCAGAAACUGCUGAAAAAACUCAAGAACAUUAAGAACCAGGGCAAGCCUAAAAACAGGGCAGAGCUGGAGGAGCAGAAAAAGCGCAUACAGGAAUGCAAAGAUGAGGUCGACCGCGUGGAUCCGGUCGUUAAAGAUGCGCUUGACUGCGCAAACGAUCUCCUUGACGAUGAGGAUGUGAGCGAAGACGAGAAAGAUGAGAUUCGCCGAUACAUAGCUACCAUGGAGAUUCAGCUCCUUACUGUGCGCAGAGAAACGCAGGCCGAGCAGGACAGACUGGACGGCUCGUCUGAUGAAAUGGACUUAGCGCGUAAAGAGAGGCUCGGCCGCUGGGCUGAGUACCGGGAGCGCCUGCUGCAAAUCCACAGCACAAGUAACAACGACCUGACAGAUAUCACUGCCAUGGAGCAGCCAAUCACGAUCGAAGAGUUCGACGAACAAAUUGCGCGCACCGAGGGUUUCCUUGACGACGUUAGCAACAGCAUUCCCGAGAUUCGUCAGUGCCUGGAGUACGGGAAUACCCUACUUGAUGACGAUGACGUCAGCGAGGAGGAGAAGGAGGGCAUCAUGGAGGACAUGAACUACAUCGGGCAGCUCUUCAAAGACACCAAGCACGACGCCGACCAACACUACCAAUGGCUAAAGAAUCUUCGUGACCAGCACGUGACAGGAGGUGAUCACGUGACGGGAGAGACGACUGUAGAGAUGGUGCCUGUUGAAGUGGUCGAAGCUGAGAUAGAAGAGGGGCUGCCUUUUGAAUUGACACCAGAGGAGGAACGGGAACGAGAAAGGAAAGCGAAGAAGAAAAGAGAAAAGAUGGAUGAGUGGAAGGAACGGCAGAAAAAAAUCGACGAAAAGCUGGACAGGCUUAGAGAGAAACUCAAGAGGGUGAAGUCACGUGACCGGAUUCGAGACAAGAAGACCCUGAAAGAGAAAAAACAUGGGGCAAAGGAGUGUAUUGACAACUUGGAAACAGCUGAGCCCGAGAUCAAGCAAGCAUUGUCCAGCGGUUAUUCCCUACUGGAUGACGAUUCGUUCACUGUGGAUGAGAAAGAGCCUAUACGGGAGUACAUUAACUCACUUGAAACACAGAUCGCCGAUAUUCAGAACGAGGCUGCUGAGGAAGAGGAGAGCCUGGAUAUCGAGAUUCAGCAGCUAGAGGCGGAAAAGGUUGAAAAGGUGUUCAAGUGGAAGAAGUGGAAGGACAAGGUCGAGGAGGUGCUGAAUGAGCAGCGAGGCAAGCUAGACAACGUGAAGAAGAAAGGAGAGCCCACGAAACGACAAGACAUAGACGAAAGGAUCCUUAUUACUAAGGACUGCGAAGACUCGCUGGAUGCCGCUGACCCUGAGAUCCGUUUCGCGUUGGACUACGGGCGCCAGCUGGCUGAUGAUAUCGUCCUGGAGCCCGACGAGCAGGCCGAGCUGAGAAACGAAGUCCAGGGACUGGAGCGAGACGUUGCUGACGUCAGAAACGAUGCCGUCGGCAUGAGACAAAAGUUGUAUGAGGAUAUACAGUCGCUUGAGGCACAGAAGACCGAGAAGCUCAAGGCCUGGGCCGAGAGAAAGCGAACAACCCGCCUGUUGCUUGAGCGCAUGCGCAGUAAACUCGGCUCCGUCCGAAUGAAACUGAAACCUCGCAACAAGUCGGAGAUCAAGGAACGCCUGGAACAAGUCAAGGACUGCGAGGAGGAGCUGGGAACGGUAGAGAAGGAAGUGACGUCAUGCGUUCAAUAUGGCCGCGGGCUCGUCUCUGAAGGCACACUAGACGCGCAUGCGUGCGAUAAGGUGAAGGACGACAUUGAUGACAUCGAAGAGAACCUGCAAACCUUAAAGAAGCAAACAGCUGACGAACAACAAAGUCUUGCGAACUUGCUAGAGGAGGAGGAAGCGAUCAAGCUGGAAAAACAGCAAAAAUAUCGCGACUGGCGAAAGGAGAUCGAGGAACUUUUACAAGCACUCAGGGCGAAGCUAAAGCGCCUCCCGAGGAACGAGAAGGAUGCGCCACAAAGCGAGAAGAACAGAGAAGAGUGUAUGAAGCUAGCGCAGGAAUGCUCACGUGACCUUGAGAAGUGCGAGGAGGAGGUUAAGGCCGUAAAGGAUUACGGGAAGGGUCUACUAGACGACGACGCCACCGACGCGGAGAGAGCGAUGAUGGAGAGGGACUGGGCUCAAGCCGACGAAGACCUGUCGGCAGUGAGACACGAAAACGAGGCCAAACAAGACAUGCUCUCAGCGAUGUUUCAGCCGAUAUCGGAUGACGAGGCUGAUAAUCCCGCCAUGGCGGAGUGGCGUGAUAGAGUGUCACGCAUUCGCAUGGGUUACAAGAUCGCCGAAGAAAAACUCAGCUACGAAGAGCCCCUCACGAAACUGGAAAUAUCGGACAAGCUGGAAGAAAUCAGGGAGCUUAACACCGUAUUUGCCGAGACGGAGCCUGAAUUCCUGGAGACCAUCGAUUACGGUAAAGAGGUUUUGUCAAGCGAGUCCCUCCCAGACAAGAAUCGGCUGGAGAUGAAGGAUGACAUCCUCAGCAUGGCAGAGAGAUGGCACUACCUCAACAAUAAAGCGCGCGACGAUGAGCAGAGGCUCGAGAGCCUUCUAGCGGCGACUGAGGAGCAGUCACGUGAACUAGUGUCCUGGCACGAGCAGUGCGAUGGUCUUCAAGCCUGGACUGAUGACGUCAUUGCCCUACUGGAAACGAGACCAGUCUCUCCCGGCCAGUCGUUCGGUAACAUGAAGCGCCAACAGAGUGUCACUGAGGACGUCGUGUCGCAACUGAUGGAUAAGCAGAUUGAGGUGAAUGACGUCAUAGACGAGGGUAACAAGUUCCUUGAUGACACGUCUAUCGGUGAUGACGAGCGCGGAGACAUCCACCAGAAGAUGAUGAAGCUGCACAAUGACUGGGAUGUCCUCUCACAUACCAUCGCCAGCAGACAGGAGGACAUCCAGGAGAAGAUGGUCGAGCUGGAGAAGCAGCACCAAGAUAUGAUGGCGAAUUGGAGGAAGCGGUAUGGACCGCUUAUGGUAUGGAUCGCACAGGCGGAGACUCGACUAAGCAAGGACUUCGCUAUCGCCCCAGACCUCGACUCGGUCAAGAAGCAGCUGCCACAGAUUAAGAGCUUCGCGAAGGAGAAACAAGGCCGAGCUCAAGAAGUGAAGGAGACCCAAGAGAUCGGCGAACACCUCGUCAAGGACUCGCACAUCAACGAAGAUGAUAAAAACGAGAUUCAGAAAGAGAUGGACGAACUCCAGCACCGGUGGACAGAGCUGGACGAAUCACUGCACUGGAAAGAAGACCGCAUCGAGGAUACAGUGCGCAAGCUGGAGAUCCAGCAGGAAGACAAGUUGAGGAAAUGGGACGAAGGUUUGGACGAGGUGAACACGUGGGUCCAGCAAACCAAGGCCAAGAUUCGCCCCGAGCCUCUGCUAGCACGAGAUGUAGACGCAGCUUACGACCAGUUCGACAGCUUUCAGGACUUGGUUCGGGAUGCGCCCAUCUAUCAAGACAAGGUCACGAACUUGAAUGAGUUCAGCUCCAACCUGGUCACUGAUCCUUGCCUGGGCGAACAGCAGAGGGAGAGCGUGCGAGGCGACAUUGCCGAGUGCAAUGAGGACUGGAACGACCUCGUCAACCUGGCAAACGCUCGUCAGUCAAAGUUCGAGUCGAAUCUGAACGAGUUGGAGAGUCAGCAGAAUGACCAGUUCAACACUUGGACGAGUAGAUCGAGCCGUGCUUCUGAACUGCUUGACAAGUUCGAGUCGGAAAUGUCCACUCUGGAUGAACCACUCGCACUCACCCUAGAGGAAGUGGAAAAGCAGGACCAAGACUUCGAUGUGUUUGCGAACCAAGUUGACGUGAAUGAAAGCCAACUUAAGGACACUUUCAAACUUGGCGAAGACAUCAGAAGGGACUCUAAAUACUCCAAGGCAAAGCGCGACAGCGUGCAUGGUCAGCUCAACCUGCUGCUUUCCAGAUGGGACAGGAUCAAGGACUUCGUGGACCUCAGGAAGGGGAGGCUCGAGGAGACGGCCAAGCGGUUACGCCAGGAUCGGGAGAACAAGCGAGACGAGUGGGACGACAAACUGCUCGAGGUUGAUGUGCUUCUUAACAAUGCUGAGAAGGACUUUCGAGCAGCCGACUCACUAGCCGACGACCUUCCGACUCUUAAACGGCAGAAUGCCGAAUUCAAGAAAGUAGCAGAUGACGUCACGAGUAAAAAGCGGAAGGUGACGGACUUCGACCGCUUCACUAAUAAGCUGUCCGCUGACCCUGUGAUGGACGAUGUAUCACGUGACCACAUGAAGAUCGAGAGAGAUGCUCGCUUGGAACGCUGGGAUGCUAUCCAAGACAAGAUUGAGAAACACCAAGAAAAGCUAAAUGGCAAACUUGCUGAGCUGGAAAAAGGUCAAGACGAACUGACUGAUUGGCGCCACGACCUUUCAGCGAUACAAGACCACGUGGGCACCCUAGAGCGCAAGUGCGGCCAGCCGGUAUCACGUGACCUUGCCUCUUUAGAGCAGCAAAAAAAAUUUAUUGACAACACUGCAAAGGAUGCGGAGGUGUUUGACUCUCGCGUGAAGGAGUUCCUACGAUCAUCUGAAGAUCUGAUGGGAAAGACGACGAUAUCUUCCACCGACCGGCGAACAAUCGACAAGGAGUGUGACCAGCUUGAGACCAGAUGGCAUAGACUCAAGACAGAUCUGGGCAAAGAGGAGAGAAAGAUUGAUGAGAGACGCGAGGCGCUACUUCUUCGACUCAAGACUCUGCUCGGUCAAUGGGAACACAGGAAAACCGCAGUGUCCACGUGGUUGUCUGAAAUGGAAGCGGGUGUCAAGACCCAGGGUGCACCGGCGGCCGACUUGGACAAAGCGCGUGGGCAGAAACAUGAAAUGGUGGAAAUAUGCCGUGAGAUCGCCCAGUAUGCCAAGCAGAUCAGGGACCUAGAAGAGUUUGCUGAGGCCACCACGCGGGAACCCUGUAUGCGAGAAUUCGAGCAGAAGCUGGUGACUAACGAAAAGGAGUCCCUUAGAGCACGAUAUGAGGACCUUGAUCAAAACGCGGAGGCCGUAAAUAAAGCUUUGAGCGAAAGGGUAGAUAAGUUGGAAAAAGAGCAGCGUGCCAAGAUGGACCAGUGGGAGACCAAGACGGCGCCGCUGAACGAGUGGCUCGCGGACGCGGAAGUGCGUGUUGAGUCAUGUGACCCAAUUGGGUACGAUGUCCCCAUGGUAGAGCGACAGCGGCAGGAAACAAAGGAGAUGAUGAACGACUUCUUGAAGCAGAAACCUAAGUUCGCAUCCGCACGGGACCUGGGUAACAAACUAGUGACCGAACCUUGCCUCGGUCGGGAGGAGAGAGAUGCGCUAGAGCUCAAGAUGACUUCACAACAAGAACAAUGGGAUGAACUCUACGAAAGCGUCACGCAGCGUAAUAAUGAGAUUCAAGAAAGGCUUAAACAGUUAGAAGAAGAGGAAGAAGCGAGAAAACGCGCAGAACUUGAAGAUAAGAUGAGAAGAGAAAACGAGAAAAAACGAAAGGAGGAAGAACGAGCCGAAGCCGAGCUGAAAAAGAAGGAGGAGGAGGAGAGGCAACGAAGAGCGGAGGAAAAGAGGAAAAAUGACGAAAAGGAGAAGAAAAAGAAAGUUGACAAUAAGUACUUCUCAAGCCAGCUGACGUACGAGCCUCGAGUUGCUAAACCAGUCGAGGAGUCUCACGUGAUGAGUAGUCCCUACGGUGAACCAAUCAUAAUCUCUGACGAACCUCUUGUCGAGGGUGCUCUUGUUGAUGACCAGUUCUCAGAUCCCUUCGCCGACGCCGAGAAUGAGAGCCGCAAUAAGCUCGCAACAUGGCGAGACAAUGCUGAUGAGGUCAGACUAUGGUUGAAGGGCCAGGAGUUCAAGAUUAAGCCAGAGAGCGAAGAAGAGGACAUUGUCGGUUUGAAAGAACAAAAGAAGGACCUGAUGAUGUUAGAAAAAGAACUGGCCGAGAUGGAACCCAAAUAUCGAGCAGUGAAAGAAGACCACAAUGCACUGCGAGACAAUCAGUUCUUAGGCGAGGCUGACCAAGAGGCUGCUGACGAAGACAUGCAUGAUAUCGAGGCUCAGUGGGAGAAGAUGUGCGUUGAAAAAGAUCAAAAGAAAAAGAGGAUCGAGGGCAAGAUCGCAGACGAGGAGCGCAAAAAACUUGACAAACUGAUUGGUUGCCGUGCAGACCUCAGGAACUUGCAGGAAUGGAUCAGCAGAAAAAAUGACGAGUUCGAGAGACUGGAACCGAUAGCAAAAGACCUUAAGGGUGCGACCAGGCAGAAGAGCGAGCUAAAGGAUUUUUCCAAAGAGGUCCUGGACCAUGAGCCCAAGUUUACCCGGUGCACCCAAUCAGCGGUCAAAUUGUCAAAAGACCCUGGUCUUUCAGAAGACGAGUGUCACGUGAUCCAGAAAGAAGCUGAUGAUUGCGAGGAACGGUGGGAUACCCUAAACGAAAAAGUCAGCGGUCGUGUUGACGAUGUUGUACACAAAGUGUUGCUGCUGCAGAAGAAAGAGAAGGAAUUGAUGGACGAGUGGAAAGACAAACUCGAGCGAUUUGAGAGAUCCGUCAAGAAAUCCGACAGCACACUAGACUCGCAUGCGCAGAAGGGACCCGAGGGAUUACCUGAAGUAAAGAGUUCUCCUGACGUCACGAGUGAAUUGCAGGACAAAGCGAACCGCAACGAGGACAUCUCUUGGCGAAAUACCGUGGAUGAGUCUAAGGACAGACUGUCCAAGCUUCGCAUAAAGCUUCAGCGGAUCCAACGUGACAAACGGAACCGGAAGUGGUCUAUCCUGGACGCCAUCAAGGAAGUGUUCGGCUUCGGGAAACGCGAGCCUAAGCCGAGUAUUCAACUCGACAGACUGAUAGAGCGACUUGAAGAUCACGAGGAUCUGAUGCAAGAGACGUCCUCCGUACAGCGCCCAGCGAAUGACCUCCGCUCUUACGGCGAGACCAUCCGUAACAGUAACGAGCUGGACGAGGCGAACGAGGCGCGCGUGGACGACCAGCUCAGCGCUGCCAACCAGAAAUGGAACGCACUCAACAUGGCCGUCAUCUACAGGGAGAACCGGCUCGAGCAGCUCGCCCGCGAGAUCGAGGAUGAGUACCAGCGGUUUGACAAAUGGCGGGAAAGCUGCGAGAACAUGGCGCAGUUCACGAAGGAGUGUGACCGCUUGACCAAGCAAGAGGAUAAGGUCGGGUCUGACGUCAAAACGCUACAGAAGCAGCUGAAGGAUUGCCAGGAGUUUAAGAAAGAGGUUGCUGAGUACGAACCUCAAGCAGAAAACGUCUUCACCCUGAGCCAGCAGCUUCUAGACAGCGGUCGACUUGAUAAGGCGGACGCAGACGGAGUUGAGCAGACCCGUGUCACACUGAAAGGGAAAUGGACAUCUAUCAAUAAACACAUCUCCGACAGGGAGGAAAAGGUGAAUGCCAGACUGAUCGAGCUGCUUAAAAAGGAUACGGAAGGACGGCUGUGGCAGUGGCGGCACAAGUCGAUUGAACUCGAGACCUCGCUGACGGAUGCCAACAGGAAGCUACAGGCUGACGUUGACGAGACUGACUUCGUGGCCAUCCAGGAGAGCGCUGUUGAGGUCGAGGCGCUUGAGAGUGCCAUUGAUACUAACUUCAGCACGCAGAUCAACGCGAUCACGGACGACGGUCUGGACAUCGUGAACCAGAAGGCGCUGCACCCCGAGGAAGAGGGUGAAGUCAGCGACUCGCUCAACACACUCAACAAGCAGAUAGGCGACCUAGGGCAGAGGUCCAAAGAGAAGAAACAAAAAAUCAAGGCAGCAUCCGGGAAGUUUUUCUCGCGGGCGCUAGAUGAUGCAGCGGACUCUGCCAACCGAAUAGAGGGAACUGCUCAGAAGGAGUUCGCUGAAGUAGGGACGGACAUUGUUGGGGUGCAAAAACAGAUGGUUGAACUUCAGAAAUUCGAAGACGAUAUGCUGAAGGAGGAGGACAGCUUCGAUGAUUUACAGAAGAAAAUGGAUGAAAGCAAAGCAAAACACUUGCUGCCAGAGGAAGAGGAGAGACGUCUGGCGGAGAGGGCAGACAAGAUCCAGGAGCAAUGGGAACGAAUCAGGAGAGAACACGGGGAUUACAAGAAGAGGCUGACUCAAGCGAUGAUCGUCCUACAUGAGGAGCUGAUGGAGGAAGUUAAUGAUUGGUUAGACGAGAACGAGAAACUGGCGGACUCCAUUCACGUGAAGGACGAUGAUAUCGAGUCUGCUAAAGAGGAGUACACGCAAUAUACGGAGCUAAAGGAGGAAAUACGCGCAUUCGAUCCUACUUUCAAGCGUGCGAUAUCGCUGAGCGAAGAGUUGUUACGUGAUCAUCUGGUGGACCCUGAUCGAGCGGAGAGUUACGAGAAAGAGAUCGAGUCUCUUGAGGAGCGCAUGAAUGUGCUUGAACUCAAGACUAUGGACAACGGAACCAAGUUUUCAGUCGCGUUCGCACGGCGCCUCACCACCCGUCUGGAUGACGCGGAGGUAUCGCUCACUGCUGUCGAGUCGCGACUGGGACAGGAUGACCCUGGAUAUGUUGACCUGGACAGCUCCAAGAAGCAGCUCGAAUCCAGCAAGGCAUUUAUGAAUGAGGUGUCCGAUACUAACCGGACAGUGACCGAGAUUGUGUCCGAGGCAGAGGUCCUAGUAAAUGGAGAGUACUUCAAGAAACAUGAGGAGGAACACUUCCGCGGGCGAACCGACAAGAUCCGCAAACGAAACGACGCCAUUACUCAGCAGGCCGAACAAGAAAAGAAACGGGUUUUCGACACUUACAUCCUGCUUCUGAGGCAGCAUCUCAACAAAAUGGAUGACUGGCUCACAAAAGCCGAGAAACGAAUUGCUGCGACCGAGGAAAUAGGGCCUGGGUACGACGCUGUCCAGAAACAGCAAGAUGAGCACCAGCGGUUCCAAGACGAGAUCCGCGAGCACUCAAUGAUAACUGUCAUCCUCGAGUUGGACAUCACGGAUCCCACCAUCAACGAGAGUGUACAGGGGCAAGUGAAGAGCCUCAGCGAGAGAUGGGCGUCUGUCUGGAGGUGGUCAGAGGAGCGAAGGGCCCGACUGGUUCGGAUGCUGAAUGAGUGGCAGAAGUAUCGCGAUGAGCAGCUUGUUCUACUCAACUGGUUGUCUGGUAAGGAGAAGGUGCUAAAGGACAUGGGAGGCACCGACCUGUCAGACGAGGAGGAGGUCGCGAAACACCUCGACCAGCUCAAGAAUAACGAGAAAGAGCUGGACGAGCAAGGAAUUCGCCUGCAGACUCUACACAAGACAGGCGAGGACCUGCUCCGCGAUGGCGACCCUGAAGACCCGUCAACAAAAGACAUUCAGCAGCAACUCGCAGACUUCGACGAGUGCUGGAAUGACUUGGCUAAACAAGUAAUCGAACGAAUACACACGCUUGAGUCGUCUCAGAGCAAGCUAAAGGAGUUCCACGAAGAAAUGGCGGCCGUAAGCGAUUGGAUGGAUGACGUGGAAAAGAUAAUCGCGCAAUUCAGCCCAGGAAUGGACGCCGAGGCGGCGACGGACCUGCAAGCCAAAGUUGAGACCAAAUGCGAGGAACGCCCCAAGUUCGCGGUUCGUGUGGAUCGCAUCAACAGACUCGGCAAAGACCUGGGCGGUGACGUGGACCAGCCUUCGCAUGACGCCAUCACCGAGGAACUUGAGCCCUUUAACCAACGGUGGGCUAAGGUCUCCGAACAACUAGAGAACAUGAGCGACACAGGGUACCCACAACGAGGCAACGAGUGCUGUAUGGUCAGGAUACUUAGGAAUAAACUGGGCAUAUGCCAUUAAAAGAACACAGGGUACUCGCCUUUAGGAAUAUGCCAUUUAUAGGACACAGGGUACCCGCAAUAAGGAAUAAGCUGGGAAUAUGCCAUAAGAAACGCAUAGGGGACCCGCCAUUAUAUUUUCUGGUAUUCAAUCAAUUUCUGAUGCUAGCAUAAAGCAGCAUAGCAAUGCGACAGCAGCAAUGGGAAUAACAGGGUGCCCAACAAGCCAAGAAAUAUACAAAUUAAUGUUAACACAGGGUACCCGCCAUAUAAAUAUUCCAUAAAACAAUUUUAAAUAAGCACAGGGUACCCACUAAGUGUACAAAGUAUACCAUGUAAACACAGGGUACCCGCCUUACGUUAAACAUAACAGUGCCGAUGCUAUCUCCUAGAUUUCAAAGCAUUUGUGACAACUUUCCCGGAUGUGUAGCUUGCGUUCUAUUCAUACAAUUGUUUCAAUCAAUUUUGUUUUUCUAGCUCGCUCGGUCAAUUCCUUAUUAGGAAAUUACAAUACUAUUUUGGUGGUAAGACCAUUCAGAAAUAUCGAGGCCGCUGAUUGAUUAUAAGCUGCGCUUAAUAUGACACACGUGUGGCUGCAAGGUAAAAAUACCACUGGUUUCAAUAGGAAACUCUACGGAAAUACUUGGUCAAGGUACCAAGGAUUUUUCUAGGUUUUAUACGCAAGUUUGUUAGAUUUGAUAGGGGAGCAACUCUUAUAAUCUUGUUCUUUGUAAAUGUAAGGGGGUUGUGUUUUCUGUAUUAUUAAGCUUUUAUAAAUUCCGCGGUAUAUAAUUAGUACAAACACCUUAUUAUUAGUAUCGUACUCAUGUUAUCCACACGCCGUAAAGUAACGCACACUAGAAAAAAAACUAAAAUAUUUCAAUAAAUUCCAUUAAAACUAUUAAGCCGUAA